GUGCUGACGAUGCCUCCCUUUGCUUUCCCUCAGUGAUACAAACGAGGUUGACAUUCCACCCAACACACGAGUGGGCACCAAGCGCUAUAUGCCUCCAGAAGUGCUGGAUGAGAGCUUGAACAGAAAUCAUUUCCAGUCUUAUAUCAUGGCUGACAUGUACAGUUUUGGACUCAUUCUCUGGGAGAUUGCAAGGAGGUGUGUUUCUGGAGGUAUAGUGGAAGAAUACCAACUUCCCUAUCAUGACCUUGUGCCCAGUGACCCUUCUUAUGAAGACAUGAGAGAAAUCGUGUGCAUUAAGAAAUUACGACCUUCCUUCCCCAAUAGGUGGAGUAGUGAUGAGUGUCUCAGACAGAUGGGGAAGCUUAUGACAGAGUGCUGGGCUCACAAUCCUGCCUCUAGGCUGACAGCCUUGCGAGUUAAGAAAACACUUGCCAAAAUGUCAGAGUCCCAGGACAUUAAGCUCUGACAUGGGAUACUUGUGGAAUGAGCAAGAAAUUAUACAGAAGGAUACAUAGCCCAAGCCUUGAACGUUGUCCUGAUGCCCAGUGGGUUCAGACCUCCCCUUUCAGGGAGCAAGCUGGACAGAUAUAGAAGGCCCCAAGAACACUGAUUCAUCAUGGCUUUCUGAGGAGGGGAAACCUUUUGGGUAACUUGUUCAAGAUAUGACUCAUGUUGCUUUCUAAGAAAGCCCUGUAUUUUGGGAUUGCCAUUUUUUUUAAAAAAAGAUACUUUAAUUUUACCAAAAUAAAAAAAUAUUGUAGAUGUUUUAAGGUUUAUACAGCUAUAGUUUAAAUUACAACAAAAGUUCUUUGUGGAAAAUUUCCUAGAAGUCAAAAUGUUUUUCCAAUGGCAAAAUACUUUUGCACUCUACAAACCAAUACAAUCUUGAGAACAUAAAUUACAAUUCACCUUCCCUGCUUCGCUGCCCCAGCCACCUCAGACUGUUUGGGCAAGCCCUGCUGUGGCCUGCCAGUGCAGUGUGAAUGUACAUGCAUACAGGUCCCACCUACUUGGGACCACAGUUUAGAAUCCUGUAGGUGGAACUCUUGCAGCUUCAGCCAGCGUGGAACAAAUGAAGGUUUUAUGUCAUUAAUAGAAGUAUGUGUUGGUGGGCAUUCUUCAGAAACAUGCCCGUUUCUGGUUGCAAUGGGCAGCUCUUUCAGGUAAAUCACCUCCUUUUCAUUGAACACAAGCCAAGGUUUCCUCUUGUGCAGAGAAUCAGCAUGGGCAUGCUUCAGUUCUUGAAUCAGAAGAUCAAUAUUAAAUACAACCGACACGAGUGUGGUAGAGACAAGGUACUUUACAAUACAAAUGAUUUGUGCUCGUGUUGCAAGAAAAUGAUGCCAAUAAGGCAGGGCAGAAGUUGAGGAUAUAGAUAGAUGUCUUGUUCCUUUUAUAUGUGUAUGAGCCAAUUACAGAGACGUAGGGAAGUAGUAUACACAUGAUAGUUUGUAGCCACAUAGAUAGUUUCAUGCUGUUGUCGUGCCUACAUCUUGGAUUUAAGAAGUUAGAGGGGAAGCAUCUGUCAGGUUAAAAUCACUAAAAUUCAAUUUAAAAAUAAGCUUCAGGUGGUUGGUUGAGCAGAGAGAAGUUAAUGAAGGUCAUCAAACAUUAUGGGUACUGUGAUUUAUUCUAGAAUAGACAUGGAUCCGGAAUAGACCUCUUAUGUGAUUAUUUCACACCUUAGGUACAACUCAUUCAUUCUAAUGUGCAUUUCCCUAUUAACUUAUUCUGUUUCUCCAUUGUGGCAUGUGAACAAAAAAUCUUCUGAUUCAGCCGUAUGUGGUUUUAAUUUUUGGCUAUAUGAGCAAAGUCAUUGACAAGCCAAUAUUCCUUAGAAACAGGACCACAGUAAAGUGGAAAAUGCCACAUGACCCUUGCAACUUUAUCAAUUUAUUUCCUUGCUGUGUUUCUUCCUUAAUGAUUUGAAAUUACUUACUGGUUAUUAAGGAAAGUUAAAAGUACUUUGCCUCAGAAAAUGACAUUCCUUCCAGAAUACUCCAGGGGGCAGUGUUUCCUACACAUUUCACUACUGGGUACUUGAAAGAUGGAGACGUUAAGAAAAAAUGACAACUGCAUGAGAAAUGAGGAAAUGUUUCAUUCUCUUCUGGAGUAGGCAUUCAGCUGGUACACUGUUCAUCUGGAAAGAUCCUGGAGCUACAGUGUCUGUCAGAGGUACUUGGAGUUUGGAAACACUGUAGAGAAAUGCCCUUUCUGUUCUAAUUCACUGCCUGGUACCACAGAACCAUGUUUUGUUUUCCACUAAGAAAGAAGAAUUUCUUGGUUCUUGAAUUU